UGUUGUCUUUUUUUUUUAUAUCCCUUUGUUUGUUUGUCUGUUGUCCGCUAUUGAGAAUCCUUCAAAGGGCGCUCAAUUUAAUUGCAUAAUUGGCAUAUUUACUCUUAUUUUAUAAAGCAUUGAUUAGGCCUAUAGUUUGGGUACAAUGUGUUUUUUUGUUUUGUUUUUUGUUUUGUUUUUUUAUCAAUGGCUUAGGCUAAAUAAAUAUACAUGGAAAUAUUCCUCACCCUCUUUCAUUCUCUCUCUCGUAUUUUAACAAAUAGGCUAAAUGGAAAAAUAGUCGAAUAUUUUUAGUAGUAGAUCUAUAUAUAUACAUAUAUGCAAAUAUAAAUUUUCCUUGUGACGUCAAUUGUCACGUGACUCCUGGCCUAUCAACAUGGCGAGCGGGGAGAAGCCUGCAAGUAAGACGGGAGCCGUGGCCGUUAAGGCCCAAGAAUUCAUCGUUGGUCCACGCUAUGUUGACUUGAAAUACAUAGGGGAGGGCGCAUAUGGAAUGGUUGUAUCGGCUUUGGACACAGUUUCCAAAACAAAGGUUGCAAUUAAGAAGAUCUCGCCUUUUGAACAUCAGACAUAUUGCCAAAGAACGCUUCGCGAAAUCAAGAUUUUAACAAGGUUCAAGCAUGAAAAUAUCAUUAAUAUACAAGACAUUUUACGAGCGCCGAGUAUUGAUGAUAUGAAAGAUGUCUAUAUAGUACAAUGUUUGAUGGAAACAGAUAUGUACAAGUUACUGAAGACGCAACAGCUGAGUAACGAUCACGUGUGUUACUUCCUGUACCAGAUCUUACGAGGUCUGAAAUACAUACACUCUGCUAACGUUCUUCACCGAGAUCUCAAGCCAAGCAAUCUCCUCCUCAACACAACAUGUGAUCUAAAGAUAUGUGACUUUGGCUUAGCCCGUGUCGCUGACCCAAAUCAUGACCACACAGGGUUUUUGACUGAGUACGUUGCUACAAGAUGGUACCGAGCCCCAGAGAUUAUGCUCAACUCAAAAGGCUACACCAAGUCAAUUGAUGUGUGGUCUGUAGGGUGCAUCCUUGCAGAAAUGUUAAUCAACAGACCUCUGUUUCCAGGGAAACACUAUCUUGAUCAGCUCAAUCACAUUUUGGGCAUUCUCGGAUCGCCAGGUCAGGAGGAUCUCGACUGCAUACUCAAUGAAAAGGCCAGAGGGUACAUCCAGUCCCUUCCAUACAAACCCAAGGUCCCCUGGAACAGACUGUUCCCAAGGGCCGAUCCUAAAGCACUGGAUCUUCUGGAUAAAAUGUUGACCUUUAACCCACACAAAAGACUUGCAGUGGAGGAUUUGUUGGCCCAUCCAUAUCUAGAACAAUAUUACGACCCAGCAGAUGAGCCAGUGGCAGAAGAACCAUUUACCUUUGAAAUGGAAUUAGACGAUUUACCAAAAGAACGACUGAAAGAAUUAAUAUUCCAAGAGACUGUGGAUCUUAAGAAGAAGAUGGGAAUUGUUGAUUUACAAUAAGAUGAAAAUUAAACACUGCAUAUCUUGAGCCUAUUCCAUUCUCUGUGACAUAGAAGACCUGGACAUCAGCCAGCCUCUCUGUGUCAGGAAAGAAAUGGAUUGAAACAUUCCACACAAACGCCACAAGUUUGUUGUCAUCUCAGACGCCUGAUGAUAGACCUAUCUGGAUCUGAUACUUAUACGACAUUAAUUGUUGUUUUUUUUUCUUCAUUCAUUGCAUAAUCACUGUUAUUGCUUACAAGUCAGUGUUGUUGAUAAUAUCUAUCUUCCAAUUUUCAUUUUGUAUGAGAAAAAAUAUGUUUAACAUUGUUAGCAAACUGCAAUGAAAUCUUCAUGUUUUCAAUAUUGAUAUACAUGUAUGUAUACUUUAUAUAUACAUAUAUAUAUAUUUAUGUCAUGUAUUUUUUAGUUGAUUUACAACAUUUCAUUAUUAUGGUUACAUUUAUAAAGCAAACAAACUUCAUAUCUAGAGUUUUAAGGAGGAAUAACAACUUAUCACAAUUUUUCAAAUGGAAGCAUGUUAUAGAUGCACAAAUAAAUCAGAUAUAUUCUUUGUCAUUUUGAAAUUCUUCACUUGUUAGGUUUAUAGAGAAGUGAAUUAAGAUCUGGAAAUCUGAUAUUUUGCAGUUGAGACCUAUAUGGAAGAUUUUUUUUUUUUUUUUUUAUAUAUAUAUAUAUAUAUAUAUAUAUACACUAAAGCAGAUUUUGCCACAUUAAGCUGAAUUUUAAAAGAAAUUUCAGCGGAUACAAUUUUCAAUAGGCGUGCUUGUUUUUUGUUUUUUUUUUACUUUGAUUAGAAGAGAUUGUUGAUACAUGUUCCUCUACUAGGAUAGAAAUGAAAUCAAAGAGGGGGGAAAAAUCAUAAAUUAGUUUGUGUUUUCUUAUCUUUUUGAAGAAAUUCAGCAACCACCUGUGUAAAGAUAGCAGUAGUUUGCUGUAUCAUGGCACUUGUUCUGUUCAGGACUAAAUACUAAGAGUAUUCGAAACUGUUUAUUGAAGAUUGUGGAAUUGAUUCACUUGACUACGAAGUCCCCCACCUUUGUAAUUUGACCUGGUAAAUAAAUUGUCAAAUUUUAAAGCUACAAGUGUGAUUCUUCCCCUUUAAUUCUCUUAUUGUAGUCCUUGCUAUACAUAGAAGUUAUAAAUUUUGUAAAAUGUAACAUUUUGUAUAAUAAAAAAAAUAAUAAUACAGGAAUCAGGGUGUUCAUAGUAUAUCAAAUUGUUAAUUAAAGUCUAGUUGAUAAUUUACAUGUAUGAUUGUUUUUAUAUAAUUUAGGAAUGCUUUCCAUGUUUUCGUUAUUGUUAUUUUUUUCACACUAAAUUGACAGGAAGAGUGCUAUUAUUGGAACUAUUGAGUGAUUAACUUUACAUUUUGUUACGAUUAGUUGUUCUAUAAAUCUUUGUACAUAUUCAUUCAUGUGGUGUUUGGACAAUGGUUGAACUAGCAUGACCAGAUUACUUGCAUGUAUGUAUAACACAUAAUGAAAACGGUAAGAUUCCUGUGUGGGUUUUUAUAAGGAAAUCUUAAUUCUGUAUCCAAUUCUUUCUCUAUCUCUUUAUGGGUAUUUUUGUAACAAGAGAAUAUUAUGUAAGAAUAGGGAGCAAUUAAAGGGGGGGGGGGGGGGUGCAACCCACUUUCACUAUCAUCGAAUUUAUAAAGUGGAAUGUAAUAUCACUUUCUGAUGUCUCCAAAAUGUCUCUUUUUUUACAUUGUGGAUUCAAGUUUUUCUUAUAAGGACUCGUUUCAUUCUGUGUUCUGUUUAUACUGGUCAAGUUAACAUAUAUUUAUCAUUUGUCAUACAAUGUAAAAAGAAGUACAAACUCUUUAGAUAAGAGAUGAAAAGGCAUUUUAUAUACAAGUUUAAAAUGGCAAUCCAUACAUUGUAUUUGUAAAACUGAUAGAAACUUUUAGAAAGCAGUGCACUGGUUUCUUUUGAUUCAAUAUGGAUGCAGUGGUGUUAAUGUUUAAUUUCACCUUUUCUCACAAAGUUCAUUUCAAAAUAGCAACAUAUUUAGAUAAAAUGAAAUUCUAUGAUAUUUCAAAUUACCUUGAAUAUACAAAGUUUUUUAGAGUAUUUUUUAUUGAUGUUUGUCCAUAUAUAUAUAUAUAUAUAUAUAAUUUUUUGCCUGCCUGUGUAUUUACAAACAUUGAACUAUGGUUACCAAUUUCACAAGUAUAUGCGUACAUUUCUCUUUCUCUUUAGCACAGUACCUUGAUAUUUAGCUUCUGUGUAUCGCACAAUUUGACAAGCGAGCUGAAAAAUCCAUAUAUAAGCUACUGUUAACAAUGGUUUUGAUCACCUCAGGCAGGGAGUUUGUAGUUCUCUGUGGCAGUCUUGUUACUAUAUAUAGCAUGUGUAUGUGUGUAAAUAAUGACUAGGAUACGAAAAAUAGACUAUUUCCUCAUUGACAGGUGUAAACAGUUUCCUAUUUAAAGUGAAGUAUGUCGUCAUUGUAAACUUUAUUGUUAUCUUUGUCAGGACAUUUUGUGUACUGUAAGCAUUGUAUUAACCGUGAAUAUAGUCCCUGUCUCGGUAGCUCCAGGUGAUCAGUCAUUCUAUUUAUAGUUUGGAUUGUAGAAUCUACAAUUCUAGCAACCAUUUACAGCUUUAUAUCAAAGCACUAUAUUACAAGCAUGAUGAUCAUUCAGAAAACAAGCUUGGAAAAUGAUUUGAUAAACUUUUAAUGUUUAUAUUUUUUUUUGGCUACUCUGCACAUUUUUUUCAUCAACUGGACCACCUAGAGAUUUUUCAGUGUACUUUUAAGACAAUUGUAGAUAAUGGAACUGUUCUUUCUUUCGUUUUUUGUAAAUCAUAACACAAAGUUUGGCCAAUUUAACUAAAGUUAAAAUGAGUUUUAUUUGCUACAGUCUGAUGAUGCAAGGAAAAGUUUCGGGUGUGGUUUUUCCUCCUUCCCAACGUAUUCAAAAUUAAAAAAAAAACUCUCCAUGACAUCAAUUUUCUGUGGCUUGGUACAUGUUAACUAUCUGGUAAACUUUUGGUCCCCAUUUUUGUCCUGACCAAAUUUCUUGGAAAAAUAGUCAUUGCCUGAAAAAUUAAGUUCCUGUUCAGUGCAGUAAGAAUCAGUCCUAACGAUCUUGACCUCUCACUAGGGCAAUACUGGACUGGGCAUUCACCCCCCCCCCCCCCCCCUCUUCCGGCUCUGAUUUGGUGUGGUAUUUUUUGCAAGAAAUUUAAAAUGGGUAAAUUAUUGUGAAACUUGACUUCUUUAGAAAAAAAAAAAACCUAUGAAAUUUUUAAACUUUCAAAUAUUCAUACUUUGAAAGUUAAAAAAUAAAUACAAAAUGUUUUCAUGAUUUAAAAGCUCAAGUGUCUAGUGAGCACUGUGGUCUAAGAGUGUAUUAGUCAUAAAUUUUUGUACACAAAUAUAUUGUAUAAGACAAUAUCGGACAAUUAAUUGGUUAACAUAUAAUUUAUAUAUAUAGAUUUUAAAAAAAUCGUGGAAUAUUAGUAGAUCUUGGAAAACAAAAUCUUCGACCAGUUUUUAAAUUUUUGGAAAAUGAUCAUUUCUUCCAGUACUGUUUAUCAAAAUUACUAUAUCACAUUUGCCUCUAAUGUACCCCCCUCCCCCUUUCCCUUAAAUUACAACAAAAAAGGACAAAAAUUUAGUGUAAGGUUUAUACUCAAAACAAGAGACUUUUCCACAUCGAACAUCCCUAGACAGGUUGUAUUUACGCAAACAUGAAUUACAAUGUAAUAGACUUCUGACUUAGCAUUUGUUCUCAUUGGUGCAUUUUCGGAAUAAUGUAAUUGUAUUUGAUAUUUGAGACUGCAGUCAUGUGCUGGUCACAAUUUUUGUCUACUAAUAAAACAGCGGAAUUACAAA